AGCUGCUACUCCGCUAUAAAAUAGAUAGACGCAUCGCUUAUUUGACAGUUGAAUAGCGGUAACGUUUAGAGAACACUGGGAGAUUUAAUAAAGAUAUUGAUUUGAAUAGGAAAACAUUUCUUCAUAAGCAAACAUGUCUUGGAAUUUAGUACCAUUAUUUAAAAGAGACUUUGGUUUCUUUGACCGUCAAAGAGAUUUAUUUUCGGACUGGGUCAAGGAAUUCGAUGAUGAUUGGAAAUCAAUGGACUUUGAAUCGUCGAGAUCGAGGUUCGAUAGGGAAUUAGAAAGAAUCAGAAAGGACAUGUUCAAGUUGGAUACCGGUUCUUCAAUGCUCUCAAUAGAGAAGCCAUUUGUGACAGACCCUGUUGGAAAUAAGAAAUUAUCUCUCCGUUUUGAUUGCAGUCAAUUCAAACCUGAAGAAAUUAGCGUGAAAACCAUGGACAAACGCUUAUGUGUACAUGCUAAGCACACUGAAGAAUCUCCCGGCAGGAAAGUUUACAGGGAGUUCACUAAAGAAUAUACUCUUCCAAACGCAAUCGAUCCUCUUCGUCUGACAUCAAUUUUGUCUAAAGACGGCGUUCUGCAGAUAGAAGCCCCUGCGCCAGCUAGUGUAGACGCUCCAAGAGAGUUUUUGAUUCCGAUCGAAAAGCUGUAAACUAAAUCUGACUGUAUCAAAAUCUCUAAAAGUGUGCUUGGGUUAGCUAUGAAAACGGAACACAGAUGUUUUAAAUGCGCAUUCCAGCUCAUUUUCAAUAUAGUUUAACGUUAGAAUAUUAAUUUUGUUAAAAUGAGUUUGUUUGUUAAUUUGUUCUCUUAUUUCUUCUAGCUCAGCUUAAGUUUUCUUCAGUUUAUGGAUAUUAUAAGUUGCUUUUACAUUUCACUGUUGGUGAUAAAAAUAACAAGACAUUUAGGAAGUUUAUUAUACUAAUACAUUGUGUAUAGGAAUUAAGGAUUUGUUUUCUAGAAUAUCUCGAGAUAAAAGUUGCAUAUCAAUCAUUGAUAUAUUGUUGGGUUUGUUCCAUAUCAAAACCAUAUUUAAUUUUAUAUACAUUUUUUACAAAAUAUGAUAAAUACAUUGUAUAUGAUAUUGAAAACUUGAUAUUUCAAAUAAAAUUGUUUAAUUUGUA